AUUGGUUCUGUUCUACCACCGAUGAUUAUAUUUCCAAGAGUCCGAUAUCACAAUCAUUUUAUAACUGAUGGUCCAGUUGGCUGUGUUGAUGCUGGAAAUGCGUCAGGAUGGAUGAAUAGAGAUAUUUUUCUGCAAACAAUGGAGCAUUUUGUGAAUAUUGUAAAACCUACCCCCGAUAGACCAGUUCUAUUGCUUGUAGACAACCACGAUUCGCAUCUCAGUGUUCAGAUGAUUGAAUAUGCCAAGAGCAACGGAGUUGUGAUGCUCAGCUUCCCUCCUCAUUGCUGUCAUAAACUACAACCCUUAGAUUGCUCAGUAUUCGGCCGAUUUAAGCAUCACAUAGCUGGAGUAAUGGACACCUGGUUACGUGUACACCCAGUUAAAACUCUUACAAUAUAUGAAAUUCCUGGCUUAUUAAAAGAGGUGUGGCAUAAGUCAUUUUCUUAUCAAAAUUGUGUGAGUGGAUUUCGUGUUGCUGGUAUUUUACCUGUUAAACCUGUGAUAUUCUCAGACAAAGCCUUUGCGCCAUCAACUGUGACAGAUAAACCUUACAAUAACCCAUCUCCAUCACAAGUUUUAAAUUCAAGUAAUCCUACCCAAGAGAGACAGAUAAUUGAAUCACAUUUGUUAGAACGAGGGAAGGUCCUUGUUGAUGUUCGAGGUGAUGGUCACUGUUUGUUACAGGCUGUUAAUCAAAGUUUGCUAGAGCAAAAUAUAUGUAUGACUACGCAGCAAAUAAGUGAAAAGCUGAUGAAGGAGGUUGAAACUAACAUUGGCUUUUACCAACAGUUCAGCAUUGACGACGACGAUGUAUUUAAGCAGCUAAAACAGUACCUUUUCUGCAAGGAUUACAACACAAAUACUGCUGAUAUGUUACUUGAUGGUAUAUGCAAUGCCCUUGGAGUCCAAAUAGAUUUGCAUCAACUUGAUGCAAAUAGAAAUACCUGCCGACGACAGCAUCCACCAAGGAAUAUAGAGCAAGCUCAUCUGAGUAUUGAAUUAGCCUUAUUUGGACAUGGUGUUGGAGCUCAGUACGUCAGUGUCCAAACGAAAGUGAUCGACACUGUUCAACUAUUAGAUAUAACGUUCGAGCCAAACCCCUCUCCAACUACAGAUGGUGAAAAUGGACAUACACCUCACAAGACAAUGUCAGUGGACACACUACCAUUUAACAGUCCACCAUCAAUAGUUCGACCCUUGCCAAAGGCGCCCGUCAGUCAACAGAAAUUGAUUAAUAGGAGGAGGCGACACACAGCAAUUUUGACCGACACCCCAGUAAAAGAUUCACUAGCAGCUGAAGAAGCUAUGAAAACAUCGAAAAAAUCAGCAGCAAAGAAAAUCAAAUUCAGUCUCGAUAAAACGGGUGUGGACAAAAAUAACAGAAAGAAAGUACAGAAAAGAAAGAAAAAUCGCAUUGAAAUUUCUGAUUCCGAAGAAGACGAUGCUGAUGUAGACUGUGUUGUUUGUGGCGAACCCUACUCCAGUAUUCGCCCUAGAGAAAAAUGGGUCAGUUGUGUUGUCUGUCAGAUGUGGGCCCAUGUUCUGUGCACUCCUCAAGACACACUCGCUUUCACCUGUCAAAACUGUGAUUCGGAUGAUGAUAUAUAAACAAUGCGUCUUGAAAUUGAUAAGACAAUACUG